AUUACAGACUUCAACUAUCCUUUGCUCAUAGAAUUAGUUCAAAGCCACCCGCAUUUAUACGACAAAUCUUUGGUAGAUUUUAAAGAUGAUCUGGUGAGAUCGAAAACCAAUCGUAAAAUUGCCAAAAUUCUGGAAGUAACAGAGGCUGAAGUAGUUCAAAAAUGGAAAAACCUGCGAGACAGAUACACAAGGGAGAAGAAAAAAAUUAUUCGUUCUGGUUCCGAGGCAUCCACAAACCAGUGGCCCUAUCUUAAACAGAUGUCUUUUUUGGACAGGUUUAUAAGACAAAGAAACUCAUUUAAAAGAUCAAUUAGCCCUAAGCCGCGGUCUCGGUCAAGGUCAAGUCUGCGGUCUAUAGCACCGGUACCUCAGCCCUUUGAAUUGGUCUACCUAUCAAACAGUUCAAAUUCUUCAAUACAUUCUUCCCCUCCUUCCCCUCGAUCACGUUCUGAAAGCCCAUCAGUACCAUUACCAAAACCACCGACCUUAAGUCCACAACUUACUCCGGAGCCACCACAGUACGUCCCAAAGGAAAGGGUGGAGAAAAAUAUAAACAUUAAGAAAGGCGACGAGUUUGAAUUGCUGGCGUUGGCCCAAAAUUUGGCAAACGACUUAAAAUCGGGGAGACGCGAAAAAACAUCGAACCAGUUAUUUGGUGAAUAUUUAGGGAACCGACUCGAUGAUCUUCCUUUGGAUAAGGCCCAAGAGUUACGAAAAACAAUGUUUUUACUUCUAGAAACGAAUUAA